AUGUGGAGUGGUAACAGGUUGGUGUCAUUUGAUUGUGCAUUUGUCGCAUCGGAAAUUAAUAGGCAGAAUAUUAAUUCUAUCACUAAAAAAUCUCGAAGCCCUAUUUAUGCUCCAGUUCAGCUGAUCGGUGAGAUAAAGAAAUACAACGAGGUCUUUCGAGAUCAUUCACAACAAGAUUCCGUGGAAUUUCUUCGCGUUGUUUUGGAUAAACUUCACGAGGAGCUUCCAUAUCCACCAUCCGCUCUGGCGGACAAUAAUACCAUGCGAGCAAAUAAUAUAGCUAACGAUAAUUUUACGAACGAUGAUGCUUCAAGCUUUAGUUAUGAUCCAAAUGUGGAUGAUCAUUAUAACGGAUGCGGAACGUCCUCCUUCUCAUCGAACACCACUCGAGCUCCCCACAGAAACAAGAGGAGGUAUCCCUUGCCGACCAGUGUGAUCAGUAACAUUUUUCAAGGAUACCUGGAGAGUCGAAUAAAAUGCUUGCGUUGUAACCAGGAGUUUUUGAAAGAGGAUCAUUUUUAUGAUCUUCCCAUUCAAAUCGAUAAGAAAUUCCGAUUAAAGUCAUCGGAAAAUGAUUCUGGUGAUUCGAUCGUCAAUUCCAUGAAGGGACUCAUGGGAGGGCUGUUGGGGACGUUGAGAUUGCAGGACUGUCUGGCUGCAUUUUGUGCCACCGAGAAGCUCGAGGGAAAAAAUAGAUACAAAUGCGAUAUAUGUAAGAAGCUGACCGUUUGCCAAAAAACACUGAGAAUAACUCGAUUACCCGAGACAUUGUGCAUUCAGCUCAAGAGAUUCCGUUAUAGUUCUCAUACCUCGAAGAUUGGUACACACGUACAAUUUCCAAUGGAGGAUUUGGAAAUGGGUCCUUACUGCAAGGACUCGUCGUUGAAAAGCACGAAAGAUGAAAGAGACGUCACAGAAAGUACAAAAUAUAAUUUGUAUGGCUUCAUACAUCAUCGCGGUGGUUCAGGAAGUGGACAUUACAUUGCCUAUGCUCAAAAUCCAAUCGAUGGAAAUUGGUACGAAUAUGAUGAUACGAAAUCGGUAGCCGAAAUAUCCCGUUUGGAAGCAUACGUAUUAUUUUACCGCAGGACAAGCCCCGAAAAAGAUGUUGAGAGAAAAGAAAUUAAGGAUAGGAUAAAGAGAGAGUCGUCCGCAGAGCAUUAUUGGAUUUCUCGCUUAUGGUUUAAUAGGUGGCGAUUUAUGACAACGCCCGGUCCUAUAAGCAACUAUGAUUUUAUUUGUCCUCAUGAGAGUGUAAGUUUUAAAAAUUAUGCCAUACUUCGUGAUCUGGUGGUCGAAGUUCCACUCGGCGUGUAUACCACUUUAGCAACAAGAUACGGCACAGACGGGAGUCCACCCUUUCCCGUGUCCAAUUAUGCAUCUUCGGAUUGUAUGAUAUGCCAGCAAGAAGAAAUAUUGCUAGCAAAUCGAAGACGCAAGGAGAUACGUGAUAUCAGAAAUUUGGAUUCCAAUACGAUAGGUCGUGGCGAAUCUUGGUAUUUGAUAAGCGCAAUUUGGUUGAGGAAGUGGCACAAUUUCAUAGAUGGAGGGCCUCUACCUGGGCCGAUCGAUAAUACCAAUUUUCUCAAGGAAAAUGGAAGACCCGAAUCUGGCAUGUGUAAAGGGGUCGAUUAUAGAGGUGUCAAUACGAGAGUUUGGAGUUACUUUGAACAUAUCUACGGAGGCGGACCAACAGUUGUCAGAG